UAUUAAAAUAUAUUUAUAACUAGCUAAUAGCAUGCUAUUGUACCUGCUCUUAGAGCAAGUUUAACAACGCAGCCGGCCAGCCGGCUGCAUGCGUCGCUCUUCGCCCACCGCUGCGCCGGCUGCGGGCGGUAAGCUGGCGUUUUGAUGCAGCCUGGCCCACGAACAGAGAGGCAAACACCGAUGGCAGCCGGCGGUGUGUAAAAUACCCGCUUUUUUCUCUCUCUUCCUCUCUCUCUCCUCCGCGUAGGAUUUAGCCUGCUUAUAGCCUAUCAUAAUACUUGCUCUUAGCAAACCAGAUCGUGUCACCUGCUGGGGUUACCUGUACAGCUAUGGCGUCGUGAGUCGUGACUCGUGAGAGCAGCGGAAUUCAAAACGCAAAAAAAAAAAAAAAAAGAAAAGAAAAAGACCCUCGCUUCCGUUUCCUCCUCUCCCAAACUCGCCUCGCCUCGCCUUCCCGCCCGCCGCCGCCGUCGCCAUGGAUGCCGCCGGCGAGGAAGGGGGCAUGACCUACGGGGAAGUGGUGGACUACUUCAACUCCUUGCAGGACCCGCCGGCGCAGGAGCGCAUCGACUGCAUCAUCCCCUACCUCAUCUCCCUCCUCCCCGCGCCCUUCGUCCCCGCGCCGCCCGACGCCGCCUCCGCCGACGACUCCGAGGACGACCACUUCUCCUUCACCUCGUCCGACGACUACUCCGCCGCCGAAGACGCCCGCUCCUUCCCGUCGCCGCCGCCGGGGGAUGGCGAGGAGGACCACAUCAGCCGCCUCGCGGACGACCUCCUCUCGGAGAUCAUCUCCCGCCUCUCCACCAAGGAAGCCGCGCGCACCAUGGCGCUGUCCACGCGCUGGCGCCGCGUGUGGACGAAGACCUCCCUCCUCGUCGACGACGCGCACCUCAGGGACGCCGACAACGAGGUCUCCCUCGUCCGCGCCAUCUCCCGCUGCGUGGACGCGCACCCGGGCCCCGUCCGCUCCGCGCGCAUCACCCACGUCGCCUUCUACCACCACGAGUACGCGCUCCGGCGCCUCGUGGCGAGCCUGGCCGACAAAAACGUCGAGGACCUCAUCCUCUUCAACCGCCCGUGGCCGCUCAACAUGCCGCUCCCCGACGACAUCUUCCGCUGCGCCUACCUCCGGCGGCUGUACCUCGGCGCAUGGAUGUUCCCCGAAGUCGCCGCUGCCGCCUUAGUAAACCUCCGCGAGCUCGGCCUCUUCCACUGCAUCAUCCCCGACCGAGACUUCGACGCCCUGCUCUCGCUCUGCAGUAAGCUGGAGGUGCUCUCCCUCGCCAUGUCGUACAACUGCCCGUCGCGGCUCCGCAUCAAGUCCCCAAGCCUCCGGGCCGCGGUGGAGUGGAUGUCCAGCCUCGACGAGAUUGUCGUCGACGGCGCGCCAUGCCUGGAGCGGCUGCUCCUCCACCACGCCAUCCCCGUCGCCGAGCGUACGCCCAUCAAGAUCGUAAGCGCGCCAAGGCUGGAGGUGCUCGGCAUCCUGGACCUCCAGCUCCACGAGCUCCAGAUUGGCGGCACCACCAUCAGGCCUGGGAUGUGGAUGUUUGUGAAGUCUAGCGCCAAGCUCCCGAGCUUGAAGAUACUUGCUGUCAAGGUGUGUUUGGCGAUCGAACGGGAGAUCAAGCUGCUGAUGACGCUGCUCAAAUGCUUCCCUCACCUCGAGACUCUUCACAUCAAGUCCAUUCCUCCAUGCGCAUCACCUGAAAUCGCGAAUUGCGCGGAUGUUUGGGAAUCCCUGGGUUCCUGCGAAUGCCUCAAGUCGCAUCUCAAGACAGUCAGCAUCCAAGGGUUCCACACCGAGCGCUAUGAGGUGUUGUGCCUCAAGUACCUCAUCUUGGAGGGGGAGGUGCUCGAGACCGUGGCCUUCUUCUGCGAGGAUAAAGUGUGCUUCGCCGCCAAGGACGACGAGGCGGUGGAGAUCGAGCUGAUGUUUCCCAAGAACCUCGUCCAAGAUCGCUGGAGCUUCCAGAGCGCCAUUGAUCUGUCUCUCGACGAUCCCUUCUUCUACGCCGUGGAGAGCUGAUGGGUCUGUGCGUUUAUGGUGUUUUUGUCAUCCGACAUAGAUGGGUUCACAAAUCUAUGGAUGUAGCACUGACAUACUAAAUUCUUCAGAAAUUAACGGUGAACUCUGGAUGCUAAUUUAGUACUAGUUGUUAGGUUCUGGGUUGCGGAAGUACUAAAACUUUGGUGCGUAUUGUUUUGGGCCAAAAUCCACAAUCCUGUCUCAAUUUGAAGUUGUUCAAAAUCUCCCUGCUGACCGCCAGAUGGAACCUCUCCUGUAAGCAUGUUGUUUGAUAAGUCUAGCUUUCGGUUUCGGAUGUGUUGCAUUUUACA